AUGACAAGUCGAAACGGGUCGAGUUCAUCGAAAAAUGAGGCGGUGAUUUUUGAGACGAAUUUUGGGGAAGAUGGUGAGUUUUUUGGGCCCGGAAAAGCCUGAAAAUGGCCUAAAAAUCACGAAAAUUGGCCUAAAAAUCACGAAAAUUGGCCUAAAAUGACCCUAAUUAGCUCUAAAGCCUAGAAACUUCCCUAUUUUCAAGUGCGGCAUGGUUUUGUGGGCGGAGCUUCAUAUCUUAACUUGCUUUUGAACGAAAAGCCACAAAACCGUGCCGCAAAAUUGCAAAUUUUUGAAGAAAAUUGAGCCCCGCCCACAAAACCGUGCCGCAAAAUUGCAGUUUCGAAUUUUUUUGGAUGAAAAAUAAGCUCUGCUUUUAAAAGCCUGCCUUAAAAUUGCAAUUUCAAAAUUUUCUGGGUAAAAAAAUAAGCCCCGCCCACAAAACCAUGCCGCAAAAUUGCAAAUUUUCAGAUGAUUCUCAAGAUUAUCAUUCGACAACAUCUUCAAUAGUAGAUCAAUGCGAUUUGUGUGUUCUGGAAAAUGGUCGAAUUUUCUACAUACAGUAAGUGUAAGGGGUACUGUAGGUUUAAGGGUACUGUAGAUUUUUCGGUGCGAAAAUUUGAAUUCCAAAUUUCUUAGGACUACUGUACUUUUUUAUCCAAAUUUUCUCACGAGCUUUCAAAAAUCGCCGCCGGCAAAACUCAUUUGAAACGUUUUCCCCAAAGAGAUUUUUUUUUCGGAAAAAAAAUUUCCAAAAAUUUUUUUGUUUAUAAUAAAAAAGUGAGGAAAAUCAGCACUUUUUUGUUUAUUUUUUUUUUUGAGGAAAAGUUUUUUGAGAAAAAUUUUUUUUGAAUUUCUGAAUUUUUCACCAAAAAUAGACUGUAGCUCAAUUUUUGAACCUUUCAAUUUGUCAAAAAAAAAACUUUUUUUUACGCUUCAAACACACAAAAUUUUUUAUAAUCCCUGGAGAAAAUUUUCUCGAAGCUCCCAAAAAAAAAAAAAGACAAAGAAAACGGAUUUUUUGGGUAAAUUUCAUUUUUUUUUUUCUGUUUGUGCCGUCAAAAAUAUCAUUUUCCGCUAAAAAAUCACAUUUUAAUCCGAUUUUUUUCUAUUUGUUUUUUUUUUCAUAACAAAAAAAGUGUGUAGUUCUCUCGGACUAGUUUUUUUUUGUGUUUUUUUGUGCUCAAAAAAAAAACACAUUUUUCUUGUUCUUGACAUUUUUUUGAACAUUUUUGCACUUUUUCUUCGAAGAAAACAAAAAAAAGAGAUUUUUGGUGCCAGAAAUUUGAAAUUUUUUAAAUUUUGAAUUAAAAAAAGUUUUUUUUUUAAUUUUGAAUUUUUUUUUCGCUCCGUAAACAGGACUACAGUAAUCCUGGGUUAAAUUUGGCGCGAAAAAUUAGAAAUUUUUCAAAUUUUGAAUUCAUAAUUUCAAUACCGUAGUUUUUCGCGCGAAAAUGAAAUUUUUCAAAUUUCAAAAAAUUCAAAACUCAAAUUUUCGCGCGAAAAUUUGAGCUACAGUAAUCCUGCUCGAAAAACCACGAUUUUUGGCUCCAAAAAAAACUUUCUUCGUUUUUUCCCCCAAAAAACAAACAAAAAAAACUGGCUAAUAAAAUUGCAAAUUCCAAUUUCCUUCCUUCCCCGAAUUUUUUUUCUUCGUUUUUUUCUUGGAAACCAAGAAAAUCCUCUUUUUUUUGCUUGAAAAAUAUCGAAUUUCAACAUCACAAAUUGCCUUUUUUUCUCGAAAAAAAUCGUAAAAUUUUUGCUCACAAAACAAAAACUUCAGCAGCAAAAUUUGAAUGAUCAAAUCGAAAAGUUUACAAUUUUAUUCGGCAAAUUCGCCACCGCCGCCGCGAAUUUGCUGUUCGGGUAGUGUUGAUGAGAUCAAGGAUUUGAUGUGAGUCGAAGUGACGCGAAAAUUUCACGUUUUUUGAUACCAAACAUGCCAAAAACUACGAUGCUCCACGUUUACGAAUGUGUAAACCCGGAGUAUCGUUGUUUUUCAUCAAACCUAGGCUUGUUUGGUAUCAAAAAACCACCCGCCAAAAACUACAGUACCCCAUUUUCCCCGCAAGACCCGUAGACCAAUUUCUGUUUCAGUCACACGACUCGAAGUUCACACUGGGAACCGCCAUGGGCCUCCUGGCGAUGUCGAUUAGGACUACCGUAUGGCUGGGAACAGGCCAAGGAUAACGAGGGAAAUACCUAUUAUAUUGAGUGAGUUCGGUAGAGCGCAUUUGCAUUUUCUGAUAUGAAAUGAUAAUUUUUUGAAUUUUCCACGGGAAUUCGAGGUUCUCAAUAGAGCGCACUUGCAAUUUUGUUAGAGAAAAAUCAAAUUUUCCUGAAAAAAAUGUGAUUCUCAAUAGAGCGCGUUUGCAAUUUUGAAGACAAAACAUAUUUAAAAAAAUUUCCUGAGGUUCUCAAUAGAGCGCACUUGCAAUUUCUACUUGAAAAUUUUGAAUUUUUGAAUUUUCUUUGGGAGUUCGAGGUUCUCAUUAGAGCGCACUUGCAAUUUCUACUAGAAAAACAUUUUUUUUUUUGAAUUUACCCUAAGAAUUUGAGGUUCACAAUAGAGCGCCUUUGCAAUUUUGAAGAUAAAAUUUGAAUUUUCCUGAAAAACAUGUGAUUCUCAAUAGAGCGCACUUGCAAUUUCUACUAGAAAAUUUAGGUUUUUUGAAUUUUUCCUGAGAAUUCGAGGUUCUCAAUAGUUUGCGAUUUCUCGAAGAAAAUUUGAAUUUUCCUGGAAAUUAUGUGAUUCUCAAUAGAGCACAUUUACAUUUUCCUCCGGAAAAUUUUGAAUUUUCUUUAGGAAUUCGAGGUUCUCAAUAGAGCGCCCUUGCAAUUUUGAAGAGAAAAAUUUUAUUUUUUGAAUUUUCCUGAAAAAAUGUGAUUUUCAAUAGAGCGCACUUGCAUUUUCUCGAAGAAAAUUUGAAUUUUCUUGGAAAACAAGUGAUUCUCAAUAGAGCGCACUUGCAAUUUCUCAUAGGAAAUUUUGAAUUUUCCUGAAAAAAUGUGAUUCUCAGUAGAGCGCACUUGCAAUUUCUCGAAGAAAAAUUUGAAUUUUCCUGAAAAACAUGUGAUUCUCAAUAGAGCGCACUUGCAAUUUCUUAUUGAAAAUUUUGAAUUUUUGAAUUUUCUUUAGGAAUUUGAGGUUCUCAAUAGAGCGCACUUGCAAUUUCUACUAGAAAAUUGCUCAUUUUGCAGCCACCUCAACCGCUCGACAACCUACACAGAUCCGCGGAAAACGCGGCCUCCGGAAGGCAAGCGGACAGUUCAAAUUCGUCGCGGCAAAGACAUCGGCUUCGGUUUCGUAGCAGCCGGUCAACUUCCAACAAUAAUCCAAUUUGUUUCGCCAGACGGACCUUCCGACGGACAAUUAUUCGCAAAUGAUCAGAUUCUCGAAGUGAACGGACAAAAUAUGGAAAAUGAGUUGAAGGAUGUUGUUGUGAAUGCGGUGAGAGGAACUAAAGAUGAAUUGAGGAUUACUGUACAACAAAUACCACAAAGGCCGAGAUCUGCUAGGAAGAAUUGUAAAGUUCGAUUUACUGAUCGGGUUUUGGUGCAGAGUAAUUGUGAGAAGGUGAGGAGCUUGGAAUUUGCUGAUUUUUGACACCAAACAUGACUAGUUUUCGAAUUUUUAACGACACUCCGCUUUUACACCUUUAAAAAAUCCAUUAAAAUGGAUAUUUUUGAAGGUGUAAACGCGGAGCAUCGUUGUUUUCUUGAUUUUUGACUAUGAAACGAAGUUUUUUUUUGAAAAACAACGACACUCCGCUUUUACGCAUCAAAAACCGAUAAUUUUCAAGGUGUAAUCGCGGAGCAUCGUUGUUUUUAAUGAAAAACAACGACACUCCGCGUUUACACCUUUAAAAAUCCAUAUUUUUCUCAAGGAUGCAAACCUAGGCUUAUUUGGUAUCAAAAAAUGUCAAAUUUCGUGGUGUAAACGCGGAGCAACGUAGUUUUUUUAAUGUUUUUCUUCACAGAAUCCCGAAUUCCCUCCAUGUCUCCCAAAUGUUCUUCGAGUUUUUCUCGAAAACGGCCAAACUCGCUCCUUCAAAUACGACGAAACAACAAGUGUCAAACAGAUUCUGGAGAGUAUUCUCGAAAAAUUGCAAAUCACCGCAAAAGCGCAUUUUUCGCUGGCACUCGAAUAUUCGUUGGGAGCCAGAACGAGUCGAAUUAGUAUGUUGAGGCCCGAUUGUCUGAUCAAAAGUGUGAGUUUGGGUAUUUUUGAGGGGAAAUUCUGAAAAUCGGCGAAAUUUGGAGCAUUUUGAGCCCGAAUUUGGGUAGUUUUGAGAGGUGUAAAUGCGGAGUAUCGUUGUUUUUCCACCAAAUUGCCGCAUAUUUGGUGUCUAACAGCUCCAAAUUUCACGCUGAUCUCAAAAAUCCCAAUUUCAGAUCACCGAAAUGCCAAAUUCGGAACAUCUCAAGUGUGUUUUCCGUCUCUCAUUCGCCCCUUCCGAUGCUUUUCUUCUAUUAUUAGCCGAUCCGAAAGCAUUGGAAUAUUAUUAUCAACAAUGUGUGAAUGACGUGGUUCGAGGCAAAUAUGCGAUGGAAAUGCGAUAUGAGGCAUGUAUUCGGCUGGCUGCACUCCAUGUUCAACAAGUCGCGUUUGAUUGCAAAAUUUUGAAGGAGAACAACAAGGUUUCGGUGAAUCGAGUCGAGUAAGUUUUUUGAAUUUUUCACAAAAAUGUGUAAUUUUCAAUGGAGCGCACUUGCUAAUUUCGAUAGAAAAAUUUGAUUUUUUGAAUUUUUCACAAAAAUGUGUGAUUUGCAUAGGAGCGCACUUGCUAUUUUUAAUAGAAAAAUUUGAUUUUUUGAAUUUUCUACAAAAAUGUGUGAUUUGCAUUGGAGCGCACUUGCUAUUUUUGACAGGAAAAUCGAGCUUUUUCGCCGGAUUUCGACCUGAAAUCCUGUAUUUUUUGAAUUUUCGCAUGAAAAAUGAAAUUCUCAAUAGAGCGCACUUGCUAUUUUUGACAGGAAAAUCGAGCUUUUUUGUAUAAUUUUGACCUAAAAUCCGGGAUUUUUUGAAUUUUCCACAAAAAUGAAAUUAUCAAUAGAGCGCACUUGCUAUUUUUAAAAGAUCUGUCUUUACAGGGCUUGCGCAGCACGCCCUGCACAGUUUUAGGCCUAAGAUGGCCUAGAAAUCCAAAAAAAAGUUUUGAGCCUGUCUAAUGGCCCUAAUGGCCUCUAGGGGGGCCCUCAAGGUAAGAAAGGGCCUCAAAGCCCUUCAAGGGGCCCUUAGUGUCAAAAAAAUCCGUAAAGGCCUUUAAGGGGACUUUAGUGUCAAAAAAAAAGCCCCAGGGGCCUAAAAAAGCCCCUAAGCCCCCUUCGGGCCCCCUACUAUCUCUCAAACCCCAAAUUUUGCAGACGAGAAUACGGCCUGGCCACCUUCCUUCCCUCAAUCGUCCUCGAAAACGUGAAACGCCGUGAAAUCCGAAAACACAUCAGAUUCUACCUCAAAAGAGACACAUCUCGACUUACCGAAAGUCCCUCAUUGAAUGGAUUUCCUCCGGAAUUUGAAGCCCAAUUUCAACAAUUCAAAACGCAGCCCAGUUUAAUGGUCCGAUUGAAAUAUAUUCACAUCGUUUCGCAUUUGCCAUCAUUCGGUGGUCGAAGUUUUUGUGUCACAUUCAAAGAAUCACAAAUCGAUAUGUUGAUGCAAGUCGAACCGAGGACUGGACUUUUGGUUCGACAUCCAGGGAAAUCAGGACAACCUUCGAUAUCCAUCGGAUUCGAUUUGAUUGGAAAAAUUGUGGUGAAUCGAGAAACGGACGUGGCAUCGAUGAUUUCGAUUCGAUUGGCAAGUAAUCCGAGUCAGGGAUUGGAGUUUUUGGUGGAUAAAGAUGAUUUGGACGAUUUGGUUAUGUAUAUUUUAGGUGAGCUCAAAUCUGAUGGUUUUUGGGCUCAAAAUGCUCCGGAAUCUACGUGGAAUCCGAAUUCUUUAGAUUCCACGUGGAUUUCUGAGCAUUUUGAGCCAAAAUAGCACCAUAUUUGGGCUGAAAAUGCUCCGGAAUCCACGUGGAAUUUGAAAAUCCCAAAUCCAUGCUGAAAUGAAAUUUUGAAAUUAAUGAGCCUCAAAUCAGGAGAAGGCCUGAAAAUAUCGAUGUUUCAUCAUUCUUAGCUCAAAUUUUGAGAUUUUCAGAUUCCACGUGGAUUUCUGAGCAUUUUGAGUCACCGUUUGCACUCAAAAUGCUCCGGAAUCCACGUGGAAUCUGAAAAUCUCAAAAUUUGACUGAAAAUGACAAAACUUUGUGCUAGGAAUGAUGACAAAUCGAUUUUUUUGGGCUAGAUCAAAUUUCAGGCCUUCUCCUGAUUUUAGGCUCAUAAAAUUCAGAAUUUCAGCAUGGAUUUGGGAUUUUCAGAUUCCACGUGGAAUUUGGAGCAUUUUGAGUCCAAAUACCACGAUGUUUGCACUCAAAAUGCUCCAAAUUACACGUGGAAUCUGAAAAUCUCAAAUCCAGGCUGAAAUUCUGAAUUCAAUGAGCCUAAAAUCAGGAGAAGGUCUGAAAAUAGCUCAAAGUUUUGUCAUUUUCAGUCAAAUUUCAAGAUUUUCAGAUUCCACGUGGAUUUCUGAGCAUUUUGAGUCCAAAUACCACCAUGUUUGCACUAAAAAUGCUCCAAAUUCUACGUGGAAUCUGAAAAUCUCAAAAUUUGACUGAAAAUGACGAAACUUUGAGCUAGGAAUGAUGACAAAUCGAUUUUUUUGGGCUAGAUCAAAUUCAGAAUUUCAGCCUGGAUUUGGGAUUUUCAGACUCCACGUGGAAUUUGGAGCAUUUUAAGUCGGAAUAUGCUCAUGUUUGAUCUCAAAAUGCUCCGGAAUCCACGUGAAAUCCAAAUUCUUUAGAUUCCACGUGGAUUUCUGAGCAUUUUGAGCCCAAACACCAUCAUAUUUACACUCAAAAUGCUCCAAAUUUCGAGCUCAUCUCAAAAAUUUCCAGGCUACCACCGUGUAAUGUUCGACAAAGAUCUCGAAUGUCUCAUCGACACCUCUCCACCAAAACCCAAAGAACUUCCCGAAAAAGCGCCGCCCUAUUCCUCAAUUCACACCGUCAUCAAAUCCGACUGGAAUUAUUCGCCGUCGACAAACAAAGAUCCAGAUGAAGAUCAGAAGUUCGAUCCUUCGAAUGGUCCGCCAUCCUAUGAGAUCGCAAAUUCGUUCGUCUCACAGAUCACAAUUCAAUCAGGCGCAUCCGAAAGAUCGGAAUUCUCGAAUUUGGAGCCGAAAAAACUGCUGCGAGCCACCGAUUCGUUGCUCAUUCGGAAUUCGCGAGAACUACACAACAAUCAAUCGCGAAGAAGUUCGAGACAGGAUGAUUUGUCGAGUGACACGGAGGAUUCGUCAUUUUCCAGUCCGCUCAGGUCGCCCAAUAUGGAUUCGUUGUGCACUGAGUGAGUUUUUGGAGCAUUUUGAGCCCAAACAUGACUAUUUUUGCUCCGAAUUCCACGUGGAAUCUGAAAAUCCCGAAUUCAGCUAGAAAUUUGAAGCAUUUUGAGCCCAAACACCAUCAUAUUCAGGCUCAAAAUGCUCCGAAUUCCACGUGGAUUCUGCAAAUCCUGAAUUCAGCCUGAAAUUUGGAGCAUUUUGAGCCCAAACACCAUCAUAUUUAGGCUCAAAAUGCUCCAAAUUUCACGUGGAUUCCAAAAAAUCCAGUUUCAACUUGAAAUUUGGAGCAUUUUGAUCCCAAACACCAUCAUAUUUAGGCUCAAAAUGCUCCGAAUUCCACGUGGAUUCUGAAAAUUCUGAAUUCACCUCGAAAUUUGGAGCAGUUUGAGCCCAAACACCAUUAUGUUUAGGCUCAAAAUGCUCCAAAUUCCACGUGGAUUCCAAAAAAUCCAGUUUCAACUUGAAAUUUGGAGCAUUUUGAUCCCAAACACCAUCAUAUUUAGGCUCAAAAUGCUCCAAAUUCCACGUGGAUUCCAAAAAAUCCAGUUUCGACUUGAAAUUUGGAGCGUUUUGAGCCCAAACACCAUCAUAUUUAGGCUCAAAAUGCUCCAAAUCCCACGUGGAUUCCAAAAAAUCCAGUUUCACCUCGAAAUUUGGAGCAUUUUGAGCCCCAUUGCUCAUGUUUGGUCUCAAAAUGCUGCAAAUUCCACGUGGAUUCUGAAGAUCACAUGAUCAACUAGAAAUUUUCCAGCAUCGAUCUUCUGUGCGCCACAACUCCAGCAACACGUCGUGCUUCAAUAGAAACGCUGAUCCAGAAUUCGCAACCGAAUGCGGUAAGCUUUUUUGGAUUGCUCAUGUUAGGAGCUUUAAUUUGAGACCUCACAAGCCUAGGCUUAAAUUUUAGGAUUGCUCAUGUUAACCUAGAAUUUUGCAGAACCUCGAAAAUCUGAUUCUCCAAUUUCCCACAAUCCACGACGAAAAAGAGGAAGAUCAAGAAGAUCUUGCAGAUCAAAUGCAAACAUCAACAACUACAGUAAUCCAGGUGCAAACAAAUGGCACGAAAAAAUUCCCCGCGAAAAAUGGAUCGCCUUAUUAUCACCAUCAAAAUGAGCUGACACCACCAAUUUCGGGCGAAAGUUUGCUGGAUGAUCCGAAUUCGAUUGCUAAUAUUGAUGAUGAUGAUGAUGUUGUUCCGUUGCUAUAG